ACGCCCGGCCAAUCCCAUGAAAGGCAUAUUGGGUUAUCACUGGUGGUAGUUUAGUUGGUAUAGCAGUUGUUUCCUGGUUUCCUCCUCUCUAUGAAGUUUGGAUCUGUUGAGUGGCUUUUGUGUGCAUUGAGUAUACUUUGACUGACAGUUCAUUCUAGUGGGAUUUCCGGUUUGGUGCUAGAUGGAGUUGUGUAUUGGCUGAGUGAAGCUACCAACCAGUGAGUGAUUGGAUGAUGAGCAGUCCUCUGCUAAGUGGGAGCAGCCCCGGCUCCAGUGGGGCCUCGGAAUCCACUGACCUCUUCAGGGACCUAUGCGGUCGACUCAAAGACUGUCACGAUAGUGCACUGCAAGGUUUGCAAACCAAAGUGAACAAGCUGAAGAAGGAGCGAUGUUUAGAUGCCCAAAGACUGGAGGAGUUCUACAGCAGACACCAGCAGUUGAGGGAGCAGCACAAAACCCUGCGGGACACUGUCACAGUUCUGGAGGACAGGCUGCGAGCAGGGCUGUGUGAUCGCUGUUCUGUUACAGAGGAGCACAUGAGGAAGAAGCAGGUGGAGUUUGAGAAAGGCCGUCAGCAGAACAUGCGCCUCAUCGCAGAGAUCAUGACAGAGAGGAACAGCCUGCAGGAUGAGAACAGAAAGCUGAGUCUUGAGUUGGAUAGACUGAAUGGAGCUCUCUCCGUGUCUCCUGAGCCAGAGGAGGCGGUGAUUCCAGACUCUCCGCUGCAGAAGAUCUCGAUGCCUUUGGUCAGCAAGAUGAGGAGGAGGAAGGAGACCCACCAUGUCCGCUACGCCGAGAAGUCCCUGUCUCAGUCUCAGAGCUCGGUGCUCAACGAACCAAGGAAAGGAUUGCCCUCCCGAACCGCGCAGAGCCAAGGAAACGGCAUACUGGUGCCUGAAACGUGUUACAUGGACGCCACCCAGACCCAACAGUGCAGCAGCCAGGGUCAUGAAGGUGCUGUAGUGGCAGAGACGUGUCGCCUGGAUCUCCCUGAUGAUCCACUGCCUAUCCCCCAGAGAAAGGUUCCCCUCCUGGGCUGUCCCGGCACCACCACCACUGAGGACGGCUCCCUGUCCCUCCUCCCCCGCCUGAAGCUCAUCCCCGCCAAUGCCCAACGCCGCCACCUGGAGGGGAUAGCCCGCAUUGCACCUCUUAGAGCCACUUCCACCCCAUGUGGUGCCUCUCACCGUGAGCUGGAGAGAGGCAAGAGGAGGAAAAGUAGCGAGAAGGAGGAAGAUGAGGAAGUGGUUGACAAGCCUCUGGACCUUUCCGACUCCCCACAGAAGGCCCUCGUGCCUCCGCUCAAUGCCCAGAGAGGUAGCAGCGUCCCUGCAUCAGAGAACCAAGACAAAGGCCAAAAGCGGCACAUCCUAUUUAAACAUCCCUCUACCUCUCCAAGUGAUGAGCGAUCCAAAAAUGUGUUGCUUAGUCAGCAGACCCACGAUGUCCACCACGAGCCAAUCAGAAAGCGGAGUCGGGAGGAUACUGAAAAACUGAAGCAGACCUCUGUCCUGCAGGCCAACCCCUGUGCUCGUGUGAAGAGGAGCCCUCCACAGGACAACAAUGGUACUGCAUCAACAACACUGCCCUCCAAUGCCCCUGAAACUCCACUGGGAAAAGCCAAGCUGAUGCCAGCAGAGCAGAUGUGGAGCCUUGACCCAGAGGCAGCCCUCUCCCAGUAUGAUGUAGAUACCCCAACUUCAGCAGAGCCCCCCUGUGAAGGGGAGUCUGUCGAUAUGGACUGCACCUUCGUCAGCCCCAGCCUGCUCCACCGAGGAGCUCCAAGAACCAGCUCUGUUACCGGGAUUGGUCAGAGGGCCAACGACAGCUUGGCUGAGAUAUUCGACCGAACAGGCUACGGGGAGUACGAGUCAUGUCCUCAGCAUAACGGCUCAUAUUUGGACAAAGAGGAACCCCAUCAUGGGGAGGAAGAGUUUGAUGAUAAGGAGGAGGAGGAAGAGCAUAAGGAUGCACACAUGCCUCAAAGUGGAAGACCCAAUGGAGAACACAAAGACAGUAAAAACCUAUCGUUUGCACACGUGGCGGUGGUCCGCAAGAAAGCUGAGAGGAGGAAACUCAAGGGGCACACGUGUAAAGAGUGUGAAAUCUACUACGCCGACCUUUCAGAGGCAGAGAGGGUGAAGAAGUUGUCAGCCUGUUCUCGGCACCGCUUCCGUUAUCUUCCUCCAUCAACCCCAGACCACUUUUGGGAAGUCGGCUUCCCUUCAACACAAACCUGUGUGGACAGAGGUUAUGUAAAAGAAGAUAAUGAUCCAGAACAGCGCUUAAGGAGGAGAAGACCUUACAAUGCUCUCCCCCAAAGGCAAAGAGCAGAAGACUUAAACCAGUAGGGGAAAAUACCCAAUCAAACAUAAUGUAAAACUGUAUUUAAUUUUCACUGCAACAAUUUGCCAGUAUCAUAAUCCUAGUGCCUCAAAGGUAUACGUGUGCCUUUAAUGGUAUAUACACCCAGACAUAUUUCAGAUUCUUAUAAUUGUUCAAAACAAUUGAAUGGACCAUCAGGUCUCCCAAUUUCCUCAAAAAAAUGAAUACAGGAUAUGCAGCAAGCACCUCUGCUCAGUUAAUUAUUAUUUGUGAAACUAAUAUGCACCGUUGGACCACUACUCUUCGGCUGUCCCCAUAGGGGAGAAGUACUUUACACCACUGCCUAUGGGGACAGCCAAGGAACCCUUUUUUCAGUGUAUUUGUAGAUAAAAACCCCUUAAUGCCAUUGUUUUUAAUGUUACUCACCUUCAAGUAUAUCACAUCCUAGGAAAUUGUAUUUAAGUUCAAAUAAGCAAAUAUUUUA